AGAAGGAGGGUUCUGAGUGACAGAGAGGGAGGGCAGAAAAAAGGUAAGGGGAGGGUUUACAAAGAGAUGGAAAGAGAGAACGAGGGAGUAAAGCAAAGCAUGUUGCCAGUGUUGGCUCCGUAACUCACUGUGAGUGGGGACAGGAGGGAGAGCAAAAAAGAGAGACGGAGAGUCACACAUUCACACACUCUCUCAAUCACUCUCAUACGCACACACACACACACAUAAACUCUCACAUUCUCGCACAUAUUCAGAGGUGCCUUGCUGAAGAGACCUUGUUACACAUGCUUGCAGGGGUGAGAAUACUUUAAGCAGUGAAAACUGGGCUAAAACUGAAGACAGGAGCGCUGGAACAGACCCCACAGCUCAUGAGGACCUUCUUCAAACGGGACAUUCACAGCAUGUGAAGCCGGACGAACAGAUAUGUGCACCAUCCAUCCUUAACAUUCCUUCGUUUCAUCCCUCCAUCCGUGCCUCCCUCCUACCUCUCCUCUCAAGUGGUGUGAAGGACACGGAGCUACGAGUUCCUUAGUGCUCUGCCUGGUUGCCUUACGGGAGUCUGGGGGAGGCUUGGUGCUCUCCUGCGCUCUCACUCGUUCAUGAAUGUCACCUCUAUCUGCGGAAGCCCUUGGAAUUUACAAACACUCUCUCGGGAGCUUGGGGAGAGAGAGCAAAGGGGGAUGUCAGAAGGGCUGAGAAGGGAGAGAACUUACGAUUCCUUUCAUCCUUAUCCAUCUGAUCAUCCACAGACAUGAAGUCCAGGGUUGACGACAGCAGUUCUUGACUUUUACUCAGUGUGUCUGUCUUUGUUUUUGGUGUUUUUGCAGUCGGAAUCAGGUAAUGGAGUUUCUCUAAGACUGUCUCAGGGUAUUGUUCCUUUUCUCAGUAGGAUCUGUAUUUUAGUUCGUUUUAUGCAUCCCUCGAUCUUCUCUGUUUUACGAGGAUCUCACUGAUAUGUGGAGCCGUGCGGGUAAAGCGAUUGGACAAUUUAUGCCUUUUUUCUGAACUCGCAGAAUGAUUUCUGAUCCGGGUGAUUUCUGAAGAUUUACCCACACUAAAAGGUGGAAGGGAAGUGAGAGACCAGGGCUUCUGGGGGCUCAGAGCUUCAGGGAUAGAGUCGGAUGGAGGGUAUGGUGGUGCUGUGAUGGCUCACUUAUCUUCCAGAAUUCUAGUACGUUUCCAUGGAUCAUCAGCUGCCAGUUUUCCAGUCCGUAUGCUGUGCAACGAGACCUGAAAUACAACAAACAAUCCCAACAACGACAGCUGCCGUUCAUCAGAAUCACAACACCAGGAAUUCUGCAUUCCAGUGACUGUUUUGAUAGCCAAAGAAACAAAUAAAGUUUAUUGUGAACUUCACAACUGUUUUGACCCACCCCCUUACCCCUCUUAAACCAAGCCCCUUUUUGUUCCCUACCAAGUUGUGACGCAUUCUCCCCUUGGUUAUUGUGGGAGACCCCGCUGUUCUCCAAACAUCUGCUGUCUCCUGCUCCUGUCCUCCGUGGCCCUGGGUGAUCGGACAGGUGGGCGGCCCACUGACAUCCUCUGCGCCCUACGGGUGAGCCGGGCACAGCAAAAUGGCUGCCCUCGCCAGCUCACUGAUCCGGCAGCGCAGGGAAGUCAAGGACCCCCAGGCCAACCGCCAGAUCUCCACCAAACGCAAGCCUUGCCCCAAGAGCAACAAGUCGCUCUGCCAGAAACAGAUCCUCAUCCUCAUCUCCAAAGUCCGGCUUUGUGGCAGUCGAGGAAGAAAACUAGAAAAAAGACCCGAGCCUCAGCUGAAAGGUAUCGUCACACGUCUGUAUUGUCGGCAUGGCUUCUACCUGCAAAUGUUACCCGAUGGCACCUUGGACGGCACAAAGGACGAAAACAGCUCCUUCUUGCUGUUCAACUUGAUUCCUGUGGGUCUGAGGAUAGUGGCCAUCCAGAGCACCAAGACAGGACUCUACAUAGGCAUGAACAGCGAGGGCUACCUCUACACAUCAGAACAUUUCACGCCGGAGUGCAAGUUUAAGGAGUGUGUGUUUGAGAACUAUUAUGUCACAUACUCCUCGAUCUUGUACCGUCAAACGCAGUCGGGUCGGGCCUGGUACAUUGGCAUUAACCGGGACGGACAGGUCAUGAAAGGAAAUCGGGUCAAAAAGACUAAAGGAGCAGCCCACUUCCUGCCCAAGCUCAUAGAGGUUGCCAUGUACAGGGAACCAUCGCUACAUGACGUUGCUGAGCAAAGCCCACCUAGGAAAACGGCCAAAACAUCAGACUUCCCCGUCCAUAAAAACAGCAAGAAAGACCAAGUGCUUCCCGCCUCCACAGCCUCCUAGCGGCACUAGAAGACACUCUUCGUUUGCACGGACACGCCAUGAACGCCAACAGUGGCACAGGAGGUUUGGUACAAACAAUGUUUGUUGGCCCUCCACCGGCCCUCAGAACUUUGAUAUUUCCAACAAUGAAUCAGGGCUCAAAAGACCCUUGCCGACAAGUCUAAUGCCCACCGCACUUCCUUUUGGUCUCCCCUGCUCCUUAAUCAAGGGAAUACCGAGCAAUAAUAACCGCACUGGUCUGGGGUCAGAAUGUGACGGCAUCGCUUUUGUGAGAACAGCAACUCCUAAAAGAAAGGAUCUUUGUCUUCCUCUCCUUUUUUAGUAUUUCAAGAAGAAACACUUCCUCUUGUGAAGCAAUUCGUGCUUGACAUUUAAACCCUCCGUUUCCUUUGUUCAAGCAUUCAUAGAUUCC